CCCAAAACAAAAUGGAGCAAACUGACCAUGGAAUUGGCAUCAAAGUUUACACUGCAACACCACCACGGGAGAAUCCUACACCCAUCUCCUCCCUCGCUCGACUGCCACCGGAACCUGGCCGGAGGCGGAAAGUCAUGGCCAAAGGGGUUCAAAAAACCAUAUCCAAAACUUCCAUGCUCGUCUACUUCCUUCCCACAGGCACUCUUUUAACUUUCGAAUUGGUUCUACCUUCUGUUUACCGCCAUGGUGUUUGCACCCAUGUUACCACCAUCAUGAUUUACUCCCUCUUAGGCCUCUGCGCUCUCUCUUGCUUCUUCUUCCACUUCACCGAUAGUUUCCGAGGUCCCGACGGGACGGUUUACUAUGGUUUCGUGACGCCUAACGGACUGGCCCUUUUCAAGCCUGGUCUUGAAGUCGAAUCCCCAAAAGAUGACAAGUACAAGGUUGGACUUACAGACUUCAUUCACGCCAUCAUGUCGGUCUUGGUGUUCGUGGCGAUCGCUUUGUCGGAUCACGGAGUUACCAACUGUGUUUUCCCAGGACGCGAGAAGGAGAUGGAUCAAGUUAUGGAGGGUUUUCCAUUGAUGGUGGGGGUUAUUUUCAGUGGCUUGUUUCUCGUGUUUCCCAAAACUAGAUUUGGCGUUGGUUGCAUGGCUGUUUGAUAUUUAGU